GACAAGUCAAUGUUUUUAUAAUGGAAAUGAGGAGGGAGGGAUUGACUUGACGCUGAAUUGAUGGUAUGAGGAGAAGGAAAGUGGAGAACCAUUGGUCAUUUAGAGGGUCUGCGUCUUCACUCCUCAGCCACCAGCACAAUCGGAUACCGGUCCUUGUCUCUGACGGAUAGCACGGUUAAUAAUUAUUACUCCAGGAAACCAAAACAAAUGCAGAGCGGCGCCUAUCUCACCAAAACCCCACCCUUCUUACUAGUGCACCCCCACCUCCGCCGCCGCUCUCCCGGCCGGUGCCACAUCGGAGCUCCGAUUCUCCCUCCCAACAUAAACCAGGGCGGACACGGUCGUGGAAUGCAGCUACACUCAUCCCGCGGCUCCGUACUGAUCGGAGUAGAUCACGCCUCGAUGUUUUGGGAUGCCGGCGCGGCGGCGCUGACCGUCGCCGGAGCUUACGCUCUUGUCUCUACUUUCGACGCCCUAACCCACCGCAAUCUCAUCCAACAGACUUUGAGCAGGAAAUUGGUGCAUAUACUUUCUGGGCUUCUGUUCCUGGCAUCCUGGCCUCUGUUCAGCACAUCAACAGGAGCUCGCUACUUCGCUUCCAUUGUCCCCAUCAUAAACUGCCUUAGGCUGCUUGUCCACGGGCUUCAGUUCGCACAUGAUGAAGCCCUCAUCAAGUCUGUCACCCGGGACGGAAAUCCAGAAGAAUUGCUUCGAGGCCCACUGUACUAUGUCACAGUAUUGAUUGUAUGUGCACUCGUCUUCUGGCGUGACUCGCCAGUUGGAGUGAUUUCACUAGCCAUGAUGUGUGGCGGAGAUGGGAUUGCUGAUAUAAUGGGGAGAAGAUUCGGCAGGGUAAAAAUUCCUUACAAUGAACAAAAGAGUUGGGCCGGUAGCAUAUCCAUGUUCGUUUUCGGGUUCUUGACAUCGAUAGGGAUGCUUAGUUACUUCUCUGGGCUUGGAUACUUUGAGUUGGAAUGGAUGGGCACAAUGGAAAGAGUGGCACUUGUUUCAUUGGUGGCAACUGUGGUGGAGUCUCUGCCAACCAAUGGAAUGAUGGUUGACGACAAUAUCUCAGUUCCUUUAGCAAGCAUGCUCACUGCCUCUUUGUGCUUUCCUUAAGCCGCACCCAAAAUAUGGCUAUAUCCAUACCUUUUGUCUGAAUUUGCUAAACCCAUGCCCAUUAAUAUUAUAAGUUCGAUAUUAGUGUGGAUUUAUCAAAUUUAGUUGAUAUGUCGUGGAAAUAGCGAUUUUGGGUGUGUGUUUUCUUUAACAUUUGCCCUUUCGUUAAUUCUGUCGAUGUAUACUUAUUUGGUUACUAGCCAUUUGCCCCUCUUGUUGUACUGUUUAGAUCUAUACACUCUUUUCUGCGUAUUCUUAUUUUUUUCGAUGAAUGAUUUGAUAGGAAUGGUUAAUUAAUUGCCUUUUGAGUCCGAAUGAUUAUGAUGAACAACCAUUGGUAUUUUGAAUAAAGCUCAUCAAUGUAU